AUGGAGAACUGCAGUGUAUUUACUGAGUUCAUUUUCUUAGGAUUUUCUAGCAGACACGAUGUUCAACUUGGGCUCUUUGUAUUAUUUCUCUUUGUUUAUGUCACAACUGUCAUUGCCAACUUAGGGAUGAUCUUGCUGAUCAAGAUGGACUCCAGACUCCACACUCCUAUGUAUUAUAUCCUCAGCAACAUGUCUUUCUGUGAUGUCUGUUUUUCCUCAUUUAUCUCUCCCAAGAUGCUGGCUGAUUUCUUAUCUGAGACAAAGAGGAUCCCAUAUACUGCAUGCACCAUACAAAUGUUUGCUUUUUGUAUAUUUGGUGAUGUGGAAGUUCUCAUGUUGGCUGUUAUGGCAUAUGAUCGCUAUGUAGCUAUUUGUAAUCCACUGCUAUAUACAGUAGCCAUGUCCAAAAGACUAUGUACCUUGUUGAUUUUACUCACAUACUUCAUGGGACUGCUGGAUUCUGCAGUUCACACCUUCUUAGCUUUUCAGUUGUCAUUCUGCAAAUCCAACAUCAUCAAUCACUUCUUCUGUGACAUUCCUCCUCUAUUAGCUCUUGCCACUUCUGAUACAUCUAUUAAUGAAAUAAUAUUAUUCAUAUUUAGUACAAUUACGCUGGGUUGCAGCUUCUUCACUAUAUUCCUAUCCUAUAUCUACAUCAUAGCUACCAUCCUUAGAAUGAGAUCAGCUGAGGGGAGACGCAAAGCUUUCUCUACCUGUGCCUCUCACUUAUGCACAGUGGCUCUCCUUCAUGGCACAAUUCUCUACAUGUACUCACGACCCAGCUCCAGUUACUCCAUGGACACUGACAAAAUUACUUCUGUUAUCUACACAGUCAUCAUCCCUAUGUUAAACCCAUUGAUCUAUAGCUUAAGGAAUAAGGAAGUAAAAGGUGCCCUGAGAAAAACAAUCAGCACUAAAUUAUGUCAUCAGUAA